AUGCACUACAAUUUUUUCCAUCCGGGAGAGAAGAUUCCAGAGGAGCGAGAACUAAAAACGUUAUGCGGAGAACAAAAGCAACUGCAACAGGAGUAUGAAAGUCAGCGACAAAAUUGGGGUCAAUAUCAUCAGCAACAAUAUGGAAUGCAACAUCAUCAACAUCGGCAGCAACAACAACUCCAACAACAUCACAUGCACAAUGGACAUCAGAGAGCAUUUCAUCAUCAACAACAACAACAACAACACCACCAUCCAAAUCCAGGACAAUGGCAUAUUCCCGCUUCACCUGGGACUACCAUACAUGAGGAACCAACUACCCCACAACUCAGAAGUAAUAGCUCACCUCAUACGCAACAGCAGCAAGUUGGACCAACUCAGCAACUACAACAUCAAGCGCAACAAGCGUUUUUAGAACGCUGCCUAACUCAAUUGAAAUAUCUUCAAUCCAUGUAUGUGUUACCUCAAUAG